AUGGAGGAUUCCAAAUCACUGGUCGAGAGGACCAAGAAUAAAUUUUACGAGACCAAGAGUCUGGUCGAUGCUAAGCUCGGGGAUCACCUGAAUCGUUCGCGAAGCCUCCUUUCUGACGUGAACAGCAGCUUGAGAAAGUCAACGAGUGAGGACCACGCCCAUUCUCAGAGAUACUUCCCUGAGGCCUUCGUGCCCUUUAAAUCCACUAGCGCUAGCGAUGGCCUCAGAUUAGAUAGUAGCGACCCGUUGCGCUGCAACACAAGGAUGGUAUCUCCCACGUACCUGUCGAAGAAAAACAGUGCACUCGGGAUGAGUGAGACUCCGAGGCACGUGACGCAGGCAACGUGGAUUUUGAAAACGUCGAACGUGACGUGUAACUUAUCCAAUAACCAGGUUGAGGACGAGCAGGAAAAAACUCCCGAGAUUCUACUUAAGGACCCGGCAGACCUUUUGAGAGGUGAAAGCGUCAUUGAAACUAAAUACGAGGAUAAGUUGACGGAGUUGCUCAGGGACAAGAGCUUUGAGAAGGCUGAAGCAAAAACCGUUCCUACGGGCUCAAACAGCUCCAUGUCCUACGAUAUAGUGUCAAGCCUCGACCUGCCGAAAAGAACCUUGAACAACAAAAACGUGUACGGCUCCAGCGAGUUUGUCAACAGCUUCCUCAACAACUCCUACAACGACCUUGAAAGCUUGACUCAGAUGCUCGGCUCAAACAACGCUAACCUCUCCAACCCCUCUAACUUUUACAACAACUUCAGCAAAAACUGCGACGACACUAAGAAUAGGCUGAGUCACUUGGACGAAAUGUUCACUGAGGAGUUCGUGAACAACUCGGGCGUUGACUUCAAUGAGCAGCUGGACACGCUUACAAAUACACUUUUAAAGUUAAAUGAACAAGACAAAAUAAAGGAAACUGAACUUGCUCCCAAGGUGCUGGUAAGUGAGGAAGGCCAGAAGAGGGUAAAUACACCCAGGAAGGUUGAAUUUAAACAAACCCCUAGAAUAUCCAAAGAUGCCACCUCAGGACUGGAAACUGACUUGCUCAGCAGCUUUACAAUCAUAAGGGACGACAGGACUGGAAGAAAGAUGUGCAGAUUAUCAGAUUUCGAUAAGAAAUUCAGAGCCUCAGGGAAGUCGAGCAGUUCAGUAGAGGUGCAAACUGAGUCGUAUUCCAAGGAAACGGAACCGGUUGUGAAGAAACACAACACCAACGUCAAGGUUGUCUACCGCAACGCCAACGAAGGCAACGUGCUGACCAAUAGAGCAGACAACUUGAAGAAACAGGACCUAUACGCCCAGAAACUGCUGAGCAACCUCAAAUCUAAGCUUGAGAUGAGGCUGGAAGACCACAAAGAACCACAGUUAAGCGGCGACGACAACGAGGAGAAGCAGGGCAUCGAAGGCGAUAUAUUCUAUAAAGUAAAGGAGUACAACGACCGGAUUGCAGUCGAGGAGAGGGAGAAGAUGAGCAGGUGGCGAGCUCAGAGGGAGCCCAUGUACGAACUAAUUAACUAUAACCGGAGGUUGGGCCUGAGGAACUCGACAAUGUGCAGGGGAGGCAGGAGGAACUCGGGGAUUCUGCACAGCUCCAGGCCCAGGAACACCAUCAACGAGGACGUGGAUAAGUUGUACUAUAUCUCCCCAAGCAAUCGCAAAAUCGUCGAAAACGACGACUACUAUGGGUACGACCUCGCCGAGGAAGACUUGGUGAACCAGAGCAGAUCAAAAGACCAGACAGUCGGCACCUACCAGCGUGAUUCAACGGCGAGUUAUUACAAUGACGACAGUGCUGGAGCUUUUGACACCCAAGUCGACGAUAAAACUGCCCUGGACCCAAUCGACAACUUCGACAGCUGGUGGAGAGCCAAUACAAAGGAGCUGAACAUGUUCAGGGCCAAGCUGACCACGGAAAGCAAGCUAACGUUGUAA